AAUAAUCUGAUUUUAAGGAAAACGCUAUUUUGCUUUCUACAUGUAAUUUUCCGUUUCCUAUAAGGAUUAACUAUAUUAUAUAUCAUAUAUUCAAUUGCAAAACAGUGUAAGUCCUUUUGUAUUAAUUGUUUAUUUCUCUUAAAGGAUUGCCGAUAUUGGUAGUUGCAACAAAAUUUGACAAGCUCUGUCCCAAGAUAUUCGAAAAUGUUGAUCAUCUUUUCAAAAGUCCAAAGGCAGAAAAAGCAGUCAACGAUAUUGCUAACUUCCAUGGAGUUAAUAAAAAUCAAGUGCUUCCCGUGGUGAAUUAUGUUAAUGAAGACGCCUGUGUGGUCAUAAAAGAUCAGCUAGCGUUGAAAGCUCUCUAUAGGAUGUAUCAGUCAAUAGAGGGUCAUUUAAAACAUCAUACAGACAUGAAGGUUGUUCCUGAAGGCUGGAAAUCUCGUCAAGAUGUAUUGCCUGACUGGAGGGAUGACAUUGAAAAGAGAAAUUUGUUGAGUGAAAGAAUGCUACCCUUUGAAGGCAGGAACCUAAGAAUUUUGUUGGUUGGUCCUGUGGAAAGUGGUAAAUCGAGUUUUAUCGAUUCGGUUCAAUCUGCACUUCGUAGUAAAAUUGUUUUAAAUACCAAUACUGGAUCUGCGGGGGCAAUGACAGAUAACCCAGUUUCUACCACAGAAAAGUUUAAGCUUUAUAACAUUGAGUAUGUUGACAAAGAUACAGGCGCCACACGGAGGAGCGGUAUAUAUCUAGGAGAUACUCCUGGCUUUCAAGAACAAGAUGGCAUCAAAGAAGAUCAUGUCAAAUUUAUUAUCAGUGGAAAUGUGCCGGAUGGUUUCAAAAUCAUUAAUGGAAUUCAAGAUUCACAAGAUGACUUUCAGAGAGACCCACAACCAGGUGACAAAAUACAUUGCGUAUGUUUUGUUUUCGACUGUGAGAAAAUACUAAAGGGCCUUUCAGAAGCUAUUAGAACGUCCAUGAGGAAACUGCGACGGGAUCUCAUUGACAAAGGUUGUCCAUAUAUAGUGAUCCUGACAAAAUGCGACAAGGUAAGCAAUUCGCUGAAGACUGGUAGACAGAGAAUUUUUUUAGACAGUAAAAUAAACGAAUGCAAGGACAAACUCAAGGGUGAGUUCGGGUUCAGACAACAACAAGUAUAUCCUAUAGUGAACUACGAAGAACAAAAUGUGGUGGAUAAACAAACUGAUAGACUCAUUUUAGCUGCUUUCUUCGAAAUUCUUGAACUCGGAAACAGUCAUAUGGAAAGGGCUGCACAACAAGAAUAAAACAAAGGAAUACAAACUGUUUGUUUAACAAUAGGAAUAUCUCCAGUAUUACGUUAGAAAAGAUAUAUUAAAUGACGCAAAAUGCCUUCGAUACAGUUUUUAUAAUUUUCAAUUACCUUUGCAAAUAAUAGGACGUUUAUUGUCAUUUAAUGACACUUUCUACACACGUUUGAAAAUAUAUUUACUUGAGUCCAAUUAAGAAUGUUUGAGCACCGAAUAAAGAAUUAAGUGCAACUAAUACAUGUAUGCGUUUAUUACGCCAAAAAUAUUGUUAUAAGCAUAUGUAUUUACCUGCACUCUUUGACUGAGAAAAAUUAAUAACAUUUUUUUUGUAGACCAAAAUGGAACACUAUUGUACGAGUUUUGAGUUUAAAAAUUCAUAUUGUUAUCUGUGGAUAGAGUUUCGAAACAAGUUUAUUGCAUCAUGCCUUUUUUAAUUGGAAAUAUUAUUUACUUUAUGUUUGUUUGCGCCAAAUUGUUUUUUGAAAUCAGUUCAUGAAUCUAAUAAUAUUCAAAAUACUUGCUACCUUUAUAGACGUUUUCAUGUUUAAAUGUUGAAUUCUGCUUAAGCCCGUGCUAGGGGUAGUGAACGGUAGUUUGCACUUGAGAGUCCAUUUACAGAUUCAAUUAAAACGAUAGUGUAACAAUUUUUUUUUCGUUUUGGACUUUUUUAAAGAUUCUUCUCUAAUUUACAUAUUUUAUAUGUCAUGCAUAUAAUCAGUAUCAUGAAGUUGUAUACUUUGAUGCUUUUGUAUAAAAUAAAUUGAUAUUUUGUUUUCAAAAUCAAAUGUGAUACAGAAAAGUAUACAACAGAAAACAACCUGGCAAACUUUUUUCUGUUAGAUUAAUUUUCUUGAAAGUUAAAAAAGAUAUCACCUAGAAUCCUAUUUUUUUCCUUGUUGAUCAUUGACUAGUAAUUUGAAACAACUGUCAUUUUAAGGAGUAUUGGUCCCAAAACAUAAGCUCGACGGUCUUAUGUUUUUAGAUAAUAUAUUCUUUAAACAUGGUGGAAAUAAAACACUGUGAUUUGAAUGUUGAUGCAAUAGAAGUAAAGUCACACAUUAUUAAAUAAAUAUAUGAAUUUAUGCAAGUCUAAAUGCGUCAAGUGGUGUUAAAGAAUAAAAGUGAUGGUUAUAUAUGAUGCAAUAUAUUAUACUUAACUUGCUAAGCACAUACGUUUCUUGCUUUAUUAUGACAAGUAUAAAAAUAAUUCAAUUAUUAAUUUUGCAUCGUUUAAUUCAGCAAUAUUUUGAGAUGGUUCCCACGUAUUAUCGAGUAGGUCUUACCACGUGGUCACUGGAAGCAUGUAACCCUCGUUUUCUGUUUUCAGUUAGACAGAGACACAUUAUUUUCCUUAUUCACCAAUAUUACAAACGUAUGGUCAUUCAAAUGUCAGCCUGUUUUGCAUUGACUGUGACAUGACAAACGCUAUGAUAGAGCGGCAUUUAAACUCACGUAAACGUCCUACUGGUUACGUAUAUGAUUGUGGUGAUUGAUGUUUAUUUAAGUUAUUAAAUACUUCCGUCUACUACUUAAGUUUUUCUUACUAUGGGUUAAUAUUUAAUUUAAGUGUAGCACUACCUGACAGUCUCGUGGUACGCACGAUAUUUUAUUUUAAUAGCAAUUACACGACAAUAUCGUUUGCAUGCUGUGUUUUUUUAUUGUUGUUGUUUUUGUUUGUGUGUUUCAUUGUGCUUUUUUAUUUAAAAAGUGUGCAUACAUUUAGCUUAGAUGCUUAUACCAUUAAUCUGUAUUCUUACUGUUUGAGUAUCACUUAAAAUAUAUUGAUCUAUCAAUAUUUUAUAAGAUACACAUGACCUAGAAAAUCAAAGUGAAAUUAUGUGGAAGCAUUGCUAAAAGCUUUUAAAUUAUACUUUCUUAAAUUGCAAAAGAAUAUCUAUAAAAGCAAGAAAUGAGAAGCAAAAACGAUUUGAAAUUGUACCAUUUCAACUUUUUCAACAAAAAAUCAACUUUGCUACUUAUCAAGUUUUAAAUUGUUUGUUGAGUAUAAGUUAUUGAUGAUUAUCUUUCAGACGCAAGGUAUAGUAUAGUUAUUUCGCAAUACUAUAUAUUUCAAAAUACAACACAGUAAAAACUUAUGUAAUCAUUCUUAUUUGAGCCAAAGUAUAUAACAGUGGACCAGUUAUUUAAAAUGCAUGUUAAUUUCAUGUCAUUAAAGAUGCGGAAGACAAAGAUAGGCUAAAACUUUUUAUAACAACAUUAUAUUAAAAUGUUAUAUGAAGUAUGAUAUUCGCUUUAUUCUUAUUUUUAGAUCGUAUUUUUCAACAACACACUCGCAGUGAAAGCAAGCCUAUGUAUUUUUAUAACUAGAUUUGUAAAGCAGAUGUGCUUUGUUAUUUAUCCAUGAUGUAUUUUUGUUUUUAAAUAAAAUAUUUGUCUAAUUAUAUUUUUAAUUCAGCUUAACAGUUCAACAAUAAACCAAUCAUUUGCAAUUUUGUCACAUUUAACAAUAUUAUAAACAAUAUAACUAUGUACUUUUUGCUGAGAUCACAAUUGUUGUUGUUGUUUGUGUGUGUGCGCGCGUGUGUGUGCGUGCGUUUGUGUGUGGUGCGUGUGUACGUUUAAAUAUACAUAUAAUCAAAAUAUUUAGUUUUUCUACGUAUAACAGGAAAAUUGACAAUUCAAAAGAAAAAUAAAAAAUAAAAACUGUUAACAAUUUGAAAAAGAAAGUUACACAUUCAAAUUUUUGUAUUUUGUCAAAUAGAAUCCAAUUAUCAAGUAUUCCAUAAUCCAAAUUGAUACUUUGUUAUCCUACUUGGCAAGAACUUUAUUGGUGUAUAAGAAUGUCAUUGAGUUAUUUCAUGUUAAAUAUCAGCUCUAUGCCACCUAGUAUAACUGUAGUAUAAAACAGAUAAUAAAUGCA